AUGGCGCGUCCUAGCAAGAAAUAUAUGAAAAUGCAAAAUGUUCGAGAGGCAAAGGCACAGAAAAAACUUCAGAGAGAGAGAGAAAAACAACAGCCUCUCCCCAGUACUUCAGGGGAGCAAAUAAAACAAGAACAACAGCCGCACCCCAGUACUUCAGGGGAGAAAGAAAAAGAAGAACAACAGCAGCAGCCACGGGCCAGUACGUCAUGGGAGAAAGAUGAUGAAAAUGAACAGCAACAGCCGCAGCCCAGUACUUCAAGGGAAGGUCUUGAAGGCAGCGAAAAUGAAGAAGAUUAUGACAGUGAUGAAGAAGCAAGCAACAUUUUUUCCCCUGCCAUGAUGAAACGGGCACUGAGAGGCAACUUUGGAAAAAAAAUCGAUAGUGAACAAGAAACGCCUAAGUACAUCAUCAUGGAUGAAAAUACGCUUUAG